CUAGAAGAGACACCUGAUCAUUCACCGAUUCAUCUCAUCGUUAACACCUCUCCUACACAUAGAAAAUUAUCUCCAAUGUCAAGCAAUCUUACACAAUCUACUACUACUACUCCUACUCCUACUACUUCUACAACGAUGUCGAUGACAGCGACAACUACUCCAAAACAUUUUUCUCAUUCAUGGUUAGAUGAUGAAACAACUCCAUCGCCAUUGAUAAAACGUUUACGUUUAUCAAAUAACACUGAUCAUGAUGAUGAUGAUGAUAAGAUUAUUUCAAAUUGUUUUUCGUACACAGCAUCAACAACAACAACUACUACUACUACGCCUACUGAUAUAAAGAAUUAUCAAACAGAAAAAUCAAUUCUAUCUGAUUCUGUAGUUGAUUUUAUCACCGCAAACUCAUUUACUACUCAUCACAAUGAUGCAUAUAUUCAAUCCAGUAAUAAAGAAAAUGAUCAAGGUGCUCGAAAUUCAUGCGGUGAAUUAUUGACACCAGAUAAAAAAAAAGAUUCAUUGAAUUCUAUGCUUUUUAAUGCAGCCAGUAUGAAUACACCACCAAUUCAUUGUACUACUACUACUACUACUACUACUCCAUUACCGAAAUAUGAAGAAAUGAUCACACCAGAAUUGAAA